AUGGAAGAUGUUGGAGUGCUUCGUGCUAUUACCAAUCUCUCAUCUAGCAAACUCAGGGAAAGAAAUCAUGCAUUAGAUGAGUUGACAUCUACUUUGAAACAAGCUCCCGAAUCGAUACCGACCAAACUGCUACCGCAAGUCGUACAAGCGCUCAUUGAAUGGCUAGACUCUGAGCAUCGUAAAUAUAAUGCUGUAUUAUCAGAAUUCAACGAUUCGCAGCCCACCAGAUUGCUACCUGUUGAAAACAGACUUUCGUCCAUCGCAUACGUGCUAAGAUUACUUAUAGAGAAGACAUGUUCAAAGUUUAAAUUGAAAACGUUAAAACUGCUUUUGGCCAUUUUGCCGGAACUGAUGAUAAAAGAAGGAUCUGAAGUGCUUCUGGAACCGAUUUCUGUGCAUUUAACAUUUUCGUUACUUGCAUUGGUGAACAGUGAGUUAUUCCAUCUUAAAGUUGCCCUGCGACAGUGGAUAUCUUUGGUUGCAACAACUUGCACAUAUUUGGAAGCACAAUUUAAAAUAUCCGUCACUGAUAGAAAUGUUUCAAAUUUACUUUCCAUUUUAAAAAACCUAAUAUCUAUUGAUACAAUUGGAUUGUAUCAGGUCUCGUUAACAGUCCAUCAGACUAUUUUGACAUACUUGAAAGUGAGUAUGAGGCAAACAGUUAAUACUAAAUUAGUUAUAAGCAUCAUUAAUGAACUUAUUUUGAAAACUCACUGCAAAAAUAUUCUGUGGACAAGAAUCCUAAUAAGAGAAACAUGGAAACACAUAGUCGAAAUUGAUAUAGCCAAUAAUGAAUCUAUACAAGAUGAGCUAUGCUUAUUUGACAUUUACAGCAGUGAACUGAUAAGGGGACGGCUGCCAGAAAUGGUCGGCCAUGGAGAAUCUGAAGUUGAGCACUUUGAUCCAUCUGUUUCAAUUCCAAUCUGCCUUGAAUAUAUUUUAGCACGACUUUCAGCAUUCAAGGCUUCCACUUUAUCUUUAGAGCAACUCUCGUUUUGCUCAGCAGUUCGCAAAGAUGGGAAUUGGUUCGAAGGUGAACACUUUCAAUUGGAGCAAUCUAUGAAAUCUUUAGCAUGGUUUAGGUUGUUUGGAUUAACGAAACUGCUGAUUUCAUAUUUUGAGUUAGUAAAGAGCGGCCAAGAAACGGGUCAUAUUCUGAAGAGAAGAAAAUUCGACACUAAUUUGUCCGCCAUACUACGACUGUCAGAAAGCAUCGAUGAUUUCCUCAUCAAUUGCAUAGAAUCAGUAAAAGUUGAACAGAAACCAUUGAUAUUGCAAAUUCUUACUUUCUAUUCAAGUUUAAUUGACAUUGAUCCUAACAUAUUGAUCUUGCUUAAAGACGCAGUCUUUCAAAUGUUUGAACAUAUGGAACUAGUGCAUUGGGCCUGUCUAGCACUAAUGCCGAUAAUUACGCAAAAUUCACUAGAUUUCUCAAGUUGUGAUCUGGGUCGACUUUUCAAACUAGGUAUUCCGCUCCUCAAGCGUCAAGAUAUUUGUCAGAUGGUUUGCAUGUUGUUGGUCAGUGCUAUGAAGUACACCUCUAAAGCAGUGAUUGAGGAGAGUGUUCUAAAUCAAAUAUACGAUCUGUACGAGUUGUCUGAUCUCAGUGGUCCUAGCUUACUUUGUAAUGCAUCAUUGCUAUUUUGGCAAUGUCUUCAUCAUUACGGUAGGGAGUUCAAAUUUCGUGGUAAUAAGAGUGGAUUUGAUCGAAUAGUAGCUUGGUUGAAUUCCAAGUGGAACCAAGUGCUGAAUUUGAGUGAAACUCAAAAUAAUUUUCAUUUCUUCAUCGGUUGGCUGGCCAAUCGUUGCAAGUAUCAAGAUUUAAUCAGGGAAAAUUCCAAUUGUUAUGCGGAAGAUAGCUGCAAUAAAUUUGUCCCAAACGGCAAGCAACGUCAGACAGCCUGCUUUUACAACUAUGAGUAUUAUUCCUGGCGAAGUACUCAAGAGCAGAGAGAAGUCCUUCUUAUGAAUUCGUCACAGAUAAAGUCCCACAAGAAAUGUGGAGAGACAUUUCUUGCUUCCAACAUCACAAGCAACAGGAUGGUUCUCAAUGACAUUUUGUACCGGAUAUUAGGACUCAUAGAACCAGAAAGCUCUUUGUCGUCUUUGACAAAAUUGAAAUGGGUGAUCCAAAUUUCACGAGUGGUUAGUCAUAUAGCAUCCAACUCCUCAUAUCUGGAUUACAUCCAUGAUUUUAGAGGCGCAGCUGAGACUCUAAUGAGAUCCAUGCGUCUCGAAGAUAAAGAAUCUUACAACGCUUUUUUUAAGUUGAUUUUAUCUCCUGAUUUCUCUCAAGUUAAUAAUACAUUGUUUCAAAAGCUGAACAUGGAGCUAGUAAUGACAGAUUACAAAAGGCUGUUUUUCCACGAGAAAUGGGAGCUUCGGAGGGGAGUAAAUGACGUAGAUGAAAUGUUUGAAGUAGAAAGACUUGACAAUGGAAAUCAAAACGGGCAUGUAACAAAGACACAGGACCAUUGUAAUCUUUAUAUUGCAGUUGAGGCCUUCCUUUGUAUUAUCGAUAGUCAUGAGGAUCAACAAUAUACUUCCGGGUUAGAUAUAAUACUAAACUUUUUGGACGAUCUUGAUAGCGAUGAUAUUACAAAUGGGAUAGAAGCAACAGUUCGAUGGAUGGAAUCAACAAACUACUCAUGGCAUCAAAAAAGUUUAGAGCACUUCGUGCGAAUACUUGAUGAACACAUAUUGCAAACUAACCAUAGUAGCUCCGAUAGAGGAAUAUAUAUAUUAUGCUCCUUCAUUGGUUCUACUGGAAAAAUUUGGCUUGAAAAAAUCAAUACCUCACUCAAUUCUGACGCAAACGAUAUUUUGGAUUGGGUAUUGCUACGAUUUGAGGACGACUCGUUUUACAGUGUUGCCUCAAUAAGAAAGUUAGCUCAUCUGCUUUUACAUAUGCUCUCGUUUAACAAUCUCUCACGCUUUACAAAGGGCGGAAAGCAAAGAAUCUUCUAUGUUUUUUCUGAAUGUCUAAAAAAGCUAGAUAGAUCAGACCUGAUAAAUGAGCUGCCCGAAAUCUCGAAGUAUAUGUGCACACUUACCCAUAAGAACCAGGACAUCAUAUUUUCCGAAAUCAAGAUGCUCUUUGAGUUGCCCCAACAAAGUUUGGAAAUGUCUGCUUUUUAUUCGCUGAGCAUGUGCAAGAUGUCUCUGGUAUCUUACUCUAUCCUAAUAGCAUCACUAAAAGAGUCAAUGAGCUAUACUCAUUACAGCCAUACCAAAAUCUAUAUGUUACAUUCGUACAAUCAAUUACUCCCCCAUCUGAAUCUGAAGAACAUGAGAGAAUUAUUUGAGGUAUGCAAAAUCGAUAUAUUAUCAUUUUGGAUGGACAAGCCCAGCUGUAGAGGAGAAUGGCAGAGAGACCUUUGGGAUUUGGAUUUUUUUUGCUUCAACAAUAUGUCUUCACUUAUCGAAUCAUGUACCUCUCAAUUAGCAGCUCUUCAUUUCUCGAAAAAGCAAGACAAUUCCACACUGUGGGAGACUAUUAAGGCUAUUACAAAGAAGUCCGAGACGACGUUAUUUGAGGAAAGUUUCCAUUUGAUUCUUCCCCUCUCCUUCGUUCCAGGCGGCAUUGGCGAAGAUAUUUUACGCCUCUCCCAAUCUUUGUUGCGCUCCCCAUUGGGCAAACCUUCUACUCGUUUCAUUUUAUUAAAAUGGAUAUUAUAUUUUGUGGACUUUGGUUCUUCUUCGGAACUUGCUACACUUCUAGCUAAACUACAUCCCACGGUACCAUACAUAGGAGAUCUAUUUGCAGUUCAUACAUCAACCUGUCGUUAUCGAUUUCCACUUUAUGUACCCUUGAAGGAGGGAAUAGAUAUGGUAGAGAAUAGGUUGUGUGAGUUACCAUUGAGCAAAGGUGAAGUACAAUAUUCAAUAUUUUGGAUCUUGAGUGAAAUGAAUGAUAAAGUAUAUUUGGCAGAACGCCUCAGAUGUGUGAGACAGCUAAAAUUUCUCUUUAUAUUGUUUGAGGAUACCUUGCCUCAGUGCGACAUUUUUUUGGACAUGUUGUCAGAACUUUCGAAAUACUUAUCGGAGCUCGAUCUUCAUAGCGAAGUAAUGGGUCUAGUUGUAUGCCUGCUAAGGCUUGGUUACGUGAAUCGUCUUUUGACGACUAAUGCUCUUUGCAUCGUAUUUUCCUCUGUUCUUAUCUAUAUGAAGCGUUAUGACAAAGAAGUGAAUACAGCUUUCAAAAAUUUGUCAAAGGAGAUUCCAAAGUGGGCCUUACCGGAUUCUCGGAUUUGGAUGUUUUGUGAUGAUGUAAUUCAGGGGCGUCCCAUCUCUGACACUGUAUACAACAGCGAUCAUUUUAUCAAUGAGAAAAUAUGUCACUCAUCGAGGUUGGCUUUAUUAUCCUUGCUUUUCUCCCAUGCAGCAAGAUUCAGUCACUCGUAUGUAAAAGAAACUCCGUCUCGUCUCUCGGUGUUCAAUCUUUUGCAAUCAGAACUUCCUCCCGAUCACUUAUCAACAAAUUUUCGAUUAUGGUGUGCCUACUACCUGGCAUCAUUCGAAAACUCCGACAAAGUUGGAAGGGUCACUAUAGAUCUCAAGCCCAAAUCGGGUUGGAACUUUGAUGAUCUUUUUGAGAAUUUUGGGUCUCUUGAAUCUUUCUUCAUUCAAUUUUUCGACUUUUACGAAAGUCCUUGUAAAUUGUCUGCUCAGGCAAAGUUUUUGUGCAAGUCUCUUCUAUGUUUAACACUUGGUGAAUAUAGCAAGGGCAGAGGGCAGAAAGGACAUUUCCCACUUCAAUAUUAUGAUAAAUACAUCCCAUACUGCGUUCCAAUGUCGCAAAAUACGUUCACCAAGAUCCAUGCACUAACAACAAGUGCUCUCACCAUGAAAGAAUUUAUCGAGGUUCACUUUUUAAAUGCAACUAUCUCGUAUAGUUCUUGGAUCUCUCAAUUUGGUUUUGCCCUGAUCAAUUAUGCUUCCCUAAACCUACCUCAACUUCGAUUGUUUUCGCUUUUGCUAGAAGUCUCUCCGCAAUUUGCAGGAAAAUCCGUACCGAUACUGUUCAAUCUCAUUUUGUAUCAUGAUCAUAAGAUAGCGAUUGAGUGGAUGACAAGCAUGCUGGCCAAAAUGCAAGAGCUCUCGAAAACGUACGAAUUCAAAGAAAAAGUAACAUUAGCGCUGAGUGUUGUGAGCAUGUUGAGAUCGGGAUAUAGACGAAAUGAAAGAUAUAGCACGUUGGCUUAUGAAUCCCUUCCAUUGAGUCUAAUAUGCCAAAGUGCUCUUCUCUGCAACCAAGACAUCUUUGCUUAUAUGAUUUUUGAGGAAUUUUCGAUGGAUCGCCCUAGCGAUUUCGAUUCAAAAACCCUUGGUGCUAUUUAUGAGUCAAUCGGGGAUUCUGACUUAAAUGCCGGUCUUGCCGCCUCGCAUAAUAUAGCAGGUGCUUUGCAAUAUGUAAACAAAACCGAGCCAAAAAGUUGGAAAGCUUUUUUCCUCAACAAUGCCAAAUUUGAUUCAGUUUUUAACAGCCCUUCUGAAUUAGAACGAAUCAGUCUACUGAAAACGUCUGAAAGUCACGGGUUCUAUGGACUAAGUGCUUCUUUAGGGAAAGAUAUUAAAACAGUAGAGGGAAAUAAUUCCUACCGAUGGGCCCUUCAGUUAGGCGAUUGGAAUCUACCCGUCUCAGAACAUAUUGAUACAAAGGAAAAAGGACUUUACUCCGCUUUAAAGAAGGUACUUUUGAAAGCUGAUGUUCCAGUAAAGGUUCUGGAAGAUUCGAUGAUUGAUAUAGUCGAUAAAAGGAAAUAUUUUUUUAAUACACAAGAAUGGUUGGACACUUUGGCUCAGCUUGCUUCCCUUAGUAAUUAUGCCAGAAGUUUGGAAACUAUCAAGGAUGCCGUCGGUACGAUGAGAAAACAGCACGCCUUUGAUAACAAUAAAUUGACAAUCCUUGAGUUUGAAGACUAUGAGAUCAAUCUACAAUCUCGUUAUUUAUUUCUUAUGAUCCUUUCUUCUACAGAAUUCAAAGAGAGACGACUAGAUUCAAUCGCAUUAAAAACUCUUGGUGGUAUUGAACUCGCACAUUUCGUCAAACAUGCAGUUAGCAAUAAUGCAGGACAAGAUGCAUUACGCAAGUCAAUCCUUUUAGAUAAUCUGAUCCAAGAAUAUGCACACGAUCAUUUGACGAACCUUUCCCCAUGGAUUCUCGAGAGGCUUCAAAUAUAUGUUUGCGCGAGGGCCUUGUGGGAAUGUAAAGACUUCAAGACACCCAUCAUCAUGAUGCAAGGUCUAUUGCAACGUAAUCCAGAACAAAGUGACCACGGCGAAAAGAGUCCUUUCAGCUCUUUGAUCAAGAUACCAAACGAGGAAGUUCAAUCUCUUUUAGUUAAAUGGACCUCUGAAUCGCGUCUAGAGACGGCUUCCUCCAUAUUUGAGAAAUAUGUGGAAAACUUUACAACCCGUCUGACAGAUUUCGAUGUUUUGGCUGGUGCAUUUAACAUUUUAGGUGACUUUCUAAAUGCGCAAUUGACCAAACUACGUGACACUGGUGAGAUUGAGGAACGGAAAAAAAGAUGCGAUCGUGGCACGAUGGAAUCACAAGCAUUAGAAGCAAUAUACAAAAAUGAAAGUUUACCAAAAUGUGAAAGAAGAGACGCUGAAAGGCAUCUUGUCAAAGUUCGUGUACAACUCAACAGCGAUACCGAGAUACUGACUAGUCUCACAAAACAAAAAAUGGAAUUUGUUAAAAAAUCAUUACUAUUUUACAUCUAUAUUUUGAAAUUCACAAAUGUCUACGAUGACGAUGUGCGGGACAAACUUUGUGGACUAUGGUUCGAGCACGAUGAUAAUGAAGAUCUAAAUUCAUUACUUAAAAAGGAGAUCGGUAAUGUUCCACGUUGGAAAUUUUUGCCUUGGGUUAAUCAAAUAGCUUCCAAGUUGUCGAUGGAGGAUACAGAAUUCCAGAAAGCUCUUCAAUUGACAAUGAAACGUUUGCUUUAUAAGCAGCCAUACGAGUCUUUGUAUUCUGUGCUGAGUAUCAAAUUGUAUGGGAGGCAUUCUCAUACCUCUCCGGCAAAUAUUACCCAAAGAUUUGAAGCUGUCGAACGGAUUCUUCAGGAGUUAAAGGGCUAUGAUAGAGGCACGUAUUACUCGCAGUAUGUGCAGCCAUUAGAGGAAUUUUGUGUUAUGUCUGUUGCCUUCGCUACAACCGAGCUACUACCUGCCAUGAAAGAAUCCAAAAAGAUUCAUCUUUCAAGUUUGGGAAGCGGGGUAUACUGGAUGAAAACUUUGGGUCAGCAGAAAAUACCUCUGGCAACAAUGUGUGUCAAUUUCAGCAGUUCCGGCGGGAAAGAAGUACCUCGUCCAUAUAUUGUAUCAGUAAAAGAAACAGUGGACGUUUCCGCAACAGGAGUUUCUUUGCCUAAGAUAAUGACUUUUACGCUUUCGGAUGGUUCUGUGAAGAAGAUUUUGAUGAAAGGCAGUAAGGAUGAUCUACGUCAAGAUGCGAUUAUGGAACAGGUAUUUAAACAGGUGAAUAACAUUCUAAGAGCUGACAAACAAAUGCGCAAACUUGACUUGAAUAUAAAAACUUACGAGGUCAUUCCUUUGGGUCCUCAAGCCGGUAUAAUAGAAUUUGUAGCAAAUUCUGUUUCUUUAAAUUCCAUUCUAUCAACUCUUCAUACCGAUGAUUCCGUCACCUCGAAUGAAGCAAGAAGUGAGAUGAGAAAAGUACAAACGAAAUCCAAUUCUCAGAGGCUCGCUGUUUAUUUAAAACUAACAAAAGAAAUCAGGCCAAGAAUGAGAAAUUUUUUCUUCAAUUCCUUUUUCGAACCUUUAGAAUGGUUUGAGGCAAAGAAAUCAUAUACAAAGGGAACAGCAGUAGCAUCUAUUGUAGGAUACAUUCUAGGAUUGGGCGACAGGCAUUUAAAUAAUAUUUUGCUAGACAGACACAGCGGUAAACCAAUCCAUAUCGAUUUGGGAAUAGCAUUCGACCAAGGUAGAUUCCUAUCAAUACCAGAAUUGGUUCCCUUCAGGCUAACAAGAGAUAUUGUUGAUGGGUUUGGUGUCACAGGCGUUGAUGGUUUAUUUCGGAAAAGUUGCGAGCGAACUUAUUCUGUACUUCAAAAAAAUUACAACAAGGUAAUGCACGUUCUCAAUAUCCUGAAGUGGGAUCCAUUAUAUUCUUGGGUAGUUUCACCACUCAAAAAACAUAAGCAUCUUUUGGAAGAAGAUGGUGCGUUCUACAGUAGUUUGAAAAUGCAACUAGAUAAUUCCGAUAAAAUAAAAAAUACGGAGGAGGAAAAUCAAGAGUCUUACAGAGCAUUGAGAGGCGUCGAAGAGAAACUAAUUAAAAGUGGCCUAAGCGUAGAAGCUACCAUUCAAGAGUUAAUUCAACAAGCUUCUGAUCCUUGUAACUUAUCUAUAAUUUACAUGGGCUGGUCCCCAUUUUACUAA